UAAAAAAUCCAUAACAAUGAAAUUUUCAUAUUCUCUAUCCAAACGAUUUUCUUUGCCUAUUUUGAUCCUACAAUUCCUCAUCAUACAUAGUGUUUCAUCAUUAAACCUUACCAAUGAGUAUCUCAACCACAAAUGCUUCCUUAAUCAAGGGAAAUAUAAGUCUGGAAGUCAAUACGAGGAAAACCUCAACUGGAUCUUCGAUGAUAUUCGUACAAGUCCUUAUGCUUUAACCGGUUUCUCACACUUAAGUGUUGGAAAAACACCAGCCGAUUUUGUUGCUGUCACUUCCCAGUGUCGUGGUGACACUUAUGAGUCUAAAUGCCGUACAUGCAUUGAUACCGUAAUUUCAGGGUUUCGUAAGAGAUGUCCGAGUAACAAAGGAGGAAUAAUAUGGUACGAUCAAUGUCUUCUCUAUAUUAAUACGAUCAAAGAAAAAGAUCCAGCCCCGACUAAUUACAAGAAUAUUUUUUCUAUGCACAACCCAAAUAAUGUGAGAGGGGAUGCAAAACUGUUCGCCAUGAGGGUGAUGGAUUUUUUCUCUGAGCUAACACUUAAAGUCAAGAAAACCACCAAGUAUAGCCUAAUAUUUUACGCGGCAGGGGAAAAGAAGCUCGGAAAAAAUAAAUUAUAUGCAAUGGUGCAAUGUUUACAACUAACAAUGGAUUGCAAAGGUUGUUUGACUUGGAGUAUCUUAAAGCUUUUCGAAAACAACGAGAUUAAACAAGGAGCGCGAGUUUUGGGUACGGACUGUGAUUUAAGGUAUGAGCUAUACCCUUUUCUUAGGAGUUAA